AAAAAUCAAUAAGAAACACCAGCUUUCAGCAGGGCAUGUGUUACUUCCAUUCACAAGCAGGCCAGGGGUCAGAUAAGCCAGGGACUGAUAUUUCCAUAAAUAAGAACUUCAUAAACCAAUGGCAACUGAUAACAUACACCCUCUAAAUCAAGGGAUGCCUGCGCACCCAGCACCAGGAGAGGCCUUGUGCACCGGGCCUGGUUUCUGCUGACUCUAGAGCUGUGAAGUGAUCUGUAAGGUGAAAUACUCAAACACAGGUGGGAUAUUCAUCUGGGGAAAGCGUGGUUGUGGUUUUGGUGAUUUUGAAUCUCAGCAGUGAGUCCUGCAGGGACAGGGCCUCGUGGACAACUCUCCUGCCUGAUGUAGCACCGCAUUGAGGCACCUCAUGGUUGUCCCCAGCCAAGGGUCUGAUCCAAGGAAUGGAACACUUCCCACACAAGGACAAGCGAGAGUGCUGGGGCUGUUCAGCACGGGGAAGAGAAGGCUGCGGGGAGACCUGGGAGUGGCCUGCCAGUAUCUGAAGGUGGGCUACAAGAAAGAAGGGGGCAGACUGUUUACCAGGGUCUGUGAUAAAGGGGAAAUGGUUUCAAAUCAGAACAGGGGAGAUUUAAUUGGGUAUAAGGAAGUUUUUUACAAUAAAGGUAGUGAAGGCCUGGAACAGGUUGCCCAGGGAUGCAGCGUAUGUCCUUCCCUGGACACAGACAGCGUCAGGCUGGAUGGGGCUCUCAGCGCCGCGACCGAGCUGCAGGCGUCCCUGCACGUUUCCGGGAGUUGGACUAGAUGGCUUUAAGGGUCGCUUCCAACUCCAACGACUCUAUGAUUCUAUGCAAAGGCUGAAGGGAAGGACCCGUGAAAGAUGAACUAACGCGGCUAUCCCGCGCAGCGACGCCUAUCCGAGCACCUCUCCUCGCUAAGUAACGGUCCGUAACGGCUUAUAACGGCCCGCAGCACCCAGCACACACCCGCACGCCGCCCCUCAACCCGCCCCGCUGCCGGGCGGUGCAGCGCCCCACGCCGGGCCAGCCCCCGAGCCAGGCCCGCCCCUCGGCGGGGAGGGCGGGGAGGAAGUGGCCCGGGAAGGCCGGAAGCGCCGCUGCGAGGGGCUGGCGGAGCGGGCGCUGCCCGCUUUAUCGCCUGUCUACUUUUUGGAAGACUUCAAUCUGCUUGCUGCAGCUGCUAACCCUUCUUUGUGGCUUACAGUAACUGACACAGACGUACCAGGUAGCAAACUAGCUGUGGGCUGUCUUACCCUUAAGAUGUAUAAUGGAACAUGUUCCUUCCAAGCAAAAGAUACAGAUGUAAGGCCUUUUCAGAUACAGAGCACUUGACCCAACUGCUGCAUUGGUGACAUCUCCGCCCCCGUGGUUAGAAGUGGGAUUUAACCCCUGCAAAAGGAAGGAGUGAAUGUUAGCCCAAGAAACAGCAGUUAUAUUGCACUGUUUCUCCCAGGCAACUCAAAUAGGCAUUGCCAAUGGAUGAACUUGUGCAUGACUUGGCCUCAGCCUUAGAACAGACUUCAGAGCAAAACAAGCUGGAUGAGCUAUGGGAAGAGAUGGCCCUAAGCCCGCGGCAGCAGCGACGCCAGCUUCGCAAGAGGCGGGGUCGCAAACGACGCUCAGACUUCACACAUCAGGCAGAGCACGCCUGCUGCUACAGUGAGGCCUCCGAGUCCAGCUUGGAUGAAGCUGUGAAGGAUUGCCGUGAGGUGCUGACAGCCAAUUUCAGUGACUCUGAUGACAUGACAGCGGUCAAGCGACAUCCAGCUCUCAGUGCCACCCUGAGGAGCAAGCAACACUCGUGGCAUGAGUCAGACUCCUUUACAGAGAAUGCACCCUGCCGGCCUCUUAGGCGCCGCCGGAAAGUCAAACGCGUGACAUCAGAAGUGGCUGCCAGUCUCCAGCAAAAGCUCAGGGUGUCAGAGUGGAACUAUGAGAGGGGCUGCAGGUUCAAGUCAGCAAAGAAACAGCGUCUUUCGCGCUGGAAGGAAAAUGCCCCGUGGACAUCAUCCAGUCGUGGCCUUUGUGAAUCGGGAGAGAACAGGCCCUUCCUCAGCAAGGGGGGAAGGAAGGAGCGAAUGGAGUGUGAAGCUGAUGAACAGAAGCAGGGCUCAGAUGAAAAUAUGUCUGAAUGUGAAACCAGCAGUGUAUGCAGCAGCAGUGAUACCGGACUAUUUACCAAUGAUGAGGGCCGUCAAGGAGAUGAUGAGCAGAGUGAUUGGUUUUAUGAGGGAGAAUGUGUCCCAGGAUUCACUGUCCCCAACCUUCUUCCCAAGUGGGGAGCUGACCACCGUUCUGAAGUGGAACGGAUUGACUCAGGCCUGGACAAGCUCUCAGAUUCCACAUUUCUCUUGCCCUCACGACCAGCUCAAAGAGGAUUUCACGCUCGCCUGAACCGCCUUCCAGGAGCUGCUGCCCGCUGUCUUCGGAAAGGUCGAAGGAGGCUUGUUGGCAAGGAGACCUCCAUCAGCACUGUGGGCACUGAGAGGCUAGGUCAUGUUAGUGAUCCGCGCCAGAAAGAUUUUUGGUUACCAUCAAUGGGGAAGAGAGAUCGCAACCAGUUCAAUCCAUUAUCUCCUCUGUACUCUCUGGAUGUGCUUGCUGAUGCUUCCCACCGAAGAUGCUCACCAGCACACUGCACUGCCAGGCAAGCAAAUGUACACCUGGGACCACCGUGCUCAAGGGACAUCAAGAGGAAACGAAAGCCAGCUGCAGCCUCCAUGUCCAGCCCAACGUCAGCAACUUUAUCUGUGCACAUGGAUGCUGCAGAGUCAGACCUACCAGCAACACCACCAUCCCCGAGGUCCCAGAACCCUGAGUGGACAGGAAAAAUACCAGCAGCUGAGAAAGCCACAAUUGCUGCCUCCACUAACUUUUUUAAAAUGCCGCCAGAGAAGAGCCUUGGAUACAGCCAAAAGGAAGCAUUGCAACUGUAAAAGCAUGCUGGAUUUUGGAUGUGUUUGACUCUGAUGUAUGUCUCCACCAAACACCUUGUUUGGCAAUAGAGAGAUCCUCAAUAUUGGCGUGUGAUGUGCGCCAUUAUCCAGACAGAAUCUGUGUUUAAAAACAGGUAACGAGCGUUGGGACUGCGAUGACUGUUUAAAAUGUUCUUGCUAUUGCUGUAUUUAUUAUGCGUUCAUCUCCUUACCUGAUGCCAACUCAUACGUACUGGAUUGUAUACAGAAUCUUUUGGGUUUCAGAUCUUGGAUCUUUGUUCACUCUGUGCUUGUUUGCUGUGUUUGGCAUUUUCUGGGUGAAAGUUCCCACUGCUACUCAAGGGGGCAAAAGUCACCCCGUGUUUUCUUCUAGGUCAGGAGGAUUUCUUGGCUGGGUAAUUAGAAUGAUAACAAGUUCAAAUAUGUAAGCUGAAUUCUGUGUUUGCAGAAUGUUUUCAGGCUGUGUGUAUGAACUUGAACCAUGUUCCUUCUAAGAAGACAAGUACAGUGCAUGUCAAUUCAGAAAUCACCAUUGGCCCACUAGCAGCGUGGUCCCUUUGACCUUUUCCUUCUCUCUUAUUCUGAAUGUCUCCCGUCUUGCUUGUGUAUUGCAUGUUCUUUCCUAAAUUUCCUGGACAAGGGUUCGAGAGAACCAGUUGGACAUAAAUGUGCAAACUGAUGUCAUGGAAAGGAACUUGGACCUCCAACACAUUUGAAGUAUGUUAGAGGAUAAACCAAACUUCUGUUUCUUAUUGUUUAACUUCAAAAGUGACUGUCAGCAUUUCCCAGCACAUUUUCAACUGAAGUUAACAGAUAGCUGAAUGAAAAAAACACUUACAGUAUCACUUCUAUUCAGAGCACUUUUGGCGUUGUUCAGACCACAGCUGUCUCAUGUUCUCGCUCCCUUCAGAAAGUAUUGUCUGCUCUAUCUGUUGGAAGUGUCUCCACCUGCUGAUGAUUGUACUUUACUCUGCAGCAUACGCAGAAGAGAUUCUGUUCUCUACGUAAUGCUUCCACUUAUCCUCAGUUACCUUCUAUGUUGCAGUAUAUAUGGGUAGCGAUUUCUCCCUACUUUUCUUGUAUUCCUUAUCAUAUUACACUUUAAUUAUUCUAUUUGCGGCAUAUUUUGGAGUUCAUUUCUAAAAUAUAUACCUGCAUAGCAUGUGUCAAGGGACCGGUGACCUCAUGGGUUCUCAAGUCCUUUAACAAUAGGAUAUAUCUGUAUGCAUACCAUUGUUUUUACUUUUCUCACUGGGUGGAGCUUUCAGACAGGACUGUUAAAGCUUCUAAAAUUCAUUUUGAAUAUGGAAGUUCACCUAGAACUGUUUUUACUGUUUUUGCAGUGGUUUUAAUUGUUUUGCAGUGUUUACCUCUGUUUUAUAAAUCAGUAGCUGAGGGACAUAUUUGAUAAGCAAGGCUAUAUGGUGGUAUUUUAUAUUUAAUUAUGUAUUAAAAUGUUAAAUGAUCAUAACGUAUACAAAACAAAAAUGGAAUGGCUCAGUCUAAAUGCAGAUUGACAAAUACAGUUAUAUUACAGACAUGCUGCCUAUCUCUGAUCCCUUAAUACCUGCUUAUUCUUGGGGAGAGAUCCAAAUUAGAUUUACAUUUCGCAGCCCAAGCAAACUGUCAGAUCUGCCCAUGCAAAUCCCUCUCAAAACAUUUUUUUGUUGUUGUUAGUGAUACAUUUUAGAACUACAUAGAUCAAGAAAAGCCCUUUUAUCUUACUAAAGGAGUACAGGGGUCAGUUCAGAUUAUGAGACAGGCUAUGGGGGUUUUGUGGAAAGAAGAGUAUUCCUGUUGUAAAGUUACUGGAUUGUCUUAUUUUGUACUUCAAGUACUUGGUUCAGUGGUGCUUGGGGGUUAGUGGAAGAGGUCUCAGCAGUGGGAGGGCCUAUAGUCUGGAACAGAAAAAUAGUGUCUUGUCUACCUAGGACUUGUAAGCAUGUUCAAGGUAAAGGUGGUCACCUUCUUAUGACAGUGUGCAGAUAAAUUUUAGUUUUGGGAACCUUGUAACCUAACCUGCAGCCAGUUUCAGUGACAAGGAGUAGUCUCCCUAAAAGAGCAUUUGUGCAAUUCAGAGGCUUUUAUCUCAAGAAGGAUCUUCUAAAACUUCCCUUGAUUUGAGUCUAUUCAACAGAUGCACAGAUGUUUCAAUUUAGUUGAAAUUUUAAUUGGUGACCUUUUGUGCUCCCCCUUUUUAAAACAAUUCUGAUAUUGUAUGAUAUAUUCUAAGGAUUGUUUGGAGUAGUUCUGCUUUUUCUAUAAUCUAAGGACAAUUUAAAAACUUUUAUGAGAGUUGUGAUGUUUUAGGGAAUUAAUGGCCUUUCUCACACUCUUGGGAGAGACACCAGACUUGACGUGAUUUUUCUCUGGGGACACUGCAAGAUAAAUUAUCAUCAGAUUUUCCUAUUGAGGUCAGUAUGCUGUUCAUCUUGUUAAGCCCUUAGUUAGACUGUAAGCUCUCUAGGAGGUCUUACUUGUCUUUAAAGGUUGAAUGUACCUGUGGCACUACUGAAGAGCAACUUAGCAGGCCUCGUCUUGAUAAAUAGUGUUUCCUGCCACUGCGACUUCCUGAAAGUGAGGGGAGACUCAAAUUCCUGCAGCUGCCCUCUCUUCAGUAUUUCUGUGUUAGACUCCAUUUGUAGGUCAAUCAGGCUCUUGAUCAGAUUUGAAUCUCCUGACUGGCAGACAACCUAAAUGAAUCACAUGUCAUGUUCCAUUUUAUUACUCCAGGGUAUAUCUAAAUUCAUCAUCAUACUUCAGUAGCUUGAUUCAGAUUUCAAUAUUUGCAGCAUUCUUUGAUGAAUGAAGUAGGUGUGUUGUUUUGCAGUACUCACUUGUAUUCCACUUCUUGUCCACCAGGACUCCUUACUUAUUUCCAGAUCUGUCUUCCUCUCCAGUUGAUGUUCAGCCAGUGUCUUACACAGGGCUACUCUGUCCCAGAUGCAAGAAUCUCUACCUGCCUUUGGGUGAGAUUCAGGAGGUUUUUGUCUGCUUACUUAUUCAAUCUGUCAAGGUCCCUCUGGGUGGUACCUCUUUCAUGUCAGCAACUCUCUCCAGUAUGCCUGUUUUUCUGUUAUUGUUGAAAGUAUGUUCUGUCUCUUUCUCCGCAUCACUCAUGAAAACACAGAAUAGCAUCAGUCCCAGUAUUGUCUUCUGAGGCACACUUUUCAUACCUUGCCACCAUGUAGACUUCAAACCAUUGGUCAUUCCUUGAGCUUGACCGGUCAACCAGUUUCUCAUCAACCUCCUUACUAGGCUGCACACAAAGCUCCCCAGUACAGCUUAUAAGGAUGCUGUGAGAAACUGCAUCAAGAGGUUUGCUGAAAUCAAAAUAAGCAGCAUCCACUGCCCUCCACUGGCAUUUCAUUCUAGAAGGCAGUCAGAUUCAUACCUAAUAAAUCUGACUGCCUCUCCUAGCCACCGUCUUGUCCUUUGAAUGCUUGGAAAUGGCUUGCAGAACUUGCUCAAUAAACUUAGGAGGGGUGGAAGUAAGGCUGACUAGCCUAUCGUUCCCAUUUCCUCCUUGUUGCAUUUUUAUAAAGUGGCAUAAUGUAUUCUCCUUCUUUGGAAACAUCAUGCAAUUGCUACAGGUUUGCAAAGUGAUAAAGACCAGUUCAUAAUGACAUUCUUAUGCAAAGAGGGUUUUAUUUAUGUACAAGAAUGUUUAUAUGUAGUGGAAGAGAAAGCCAGAGCUGGGAGGAGAACAUUUGGUAGUUAUUCUUUGCACAUUUCUUGUAGCCCAGUGAGCUUUUGUGAGGCUUACGUUCCAGUUUGGUAGAUACCGGGGGGGGG